GGUCACAUUGCUGUCCAUUUUAUAUUUGUACUCAAUCCAUUUUUGUUGUACUUUGUAUAUAAGCGCGCGCCCACUUCGUUCGGAUUUAAACGGUUAACGCCCGUAGUUCGUUGCAUUUCUCCAGUAGUCCGAGACAACUCCACAGUACGAUGGCCGAGCUUUCGAAUGAACUUCAGCAAUUAUUUGCCUUUGUUGAUGGCAAGAAGAGCGAUUACAUCGAGGCCCUGAGAAAUGUUGUGGGGAUACAGUCGGUUUCAGCAUGGCCCGAUAAGCGCGGUGAGAUUGAUCGCAUGGUAGACUGGACUGCGGAACGACUGAGGAGCCUGGGCGCUGAGAUAGAACUGGCGGAUGUGGGCAAGCAGACCUUGCCAAGCGGCCAGAUAAUCCCUCUACCAAAGGUUCUGCUUGGAACCUUGGGCAGUGACACCUCCAAGAAGACCGUGUUGGUCUACGGACAUCUGGAUGUGCAGCCCGCCUUAAAAGAAGACGGCUGGAACACUAAUCCUUUUGAGCUCACUGAGGUGGAUGGCAAGCUAUUCGGGCGCGGUGCCUCCGACGACAAAGGACCUGUCCUGUGCUGGAUUCACGCCAUCGAGGCUUACCAGAAGCUCAACAUUCCGCUACCUCUGAAUGUGAAAUUCGUUUUUGAAGGAAUGGAGGAGAGCGGCAGUGAAGGUCUCGACGAAUUGUUGAUGCAGCGCAAAAACGAUUUCCUAGCCGAUGUCGAUUAUGUUUGUAUCUCGGACAACUACUGGCUGGGAAAAAAACGUCCUUGCCUUACUUAUGGGCUCCGUGGGCUUGCAUACUUUCAAGUGGAGGUGGAAUGCUCAAACAAAGAUUUGCACAGUGGUGUGUUUGGGGGCACCGUCCAUGAAGCUAUGCCAGAUCUUUGCUACUUACUCAGCAUUCUUGUAGACAAGGACACCAAAAUCCUGGUCCCUGGAGUCGAACGCGACGUUGCCCCUCAGCUGAAGAACGAGCAAUCAAUUUACGAAAACAUUGACUUCGAAGUUUCUGAGUACAAGAAAGACAUUGGUGUUGACCAGCUGCCGCAUAAUAGCGAUAAAAUCAGACUGCUACAAGCCAGGUGGCGUUAUCCCAGUCUGUCUGUCCACGGAAUCGAGGGUGCAUUUUAUGAACCAGGCGCGAAAACAGUUAUUCCGAAAAAAGUGAUUGGCAAGUUUUCCAUUCGCCUUGUGCCCGAUCAGGACCCAAAGCACAUUGAAGAAUGUGUAGUUAAUUAUCUUAAUGAUAAAUGGGCUGAGCGUGGUUCGCCAAAUAAAAUGAAGGUUGUUAUGCUCUCGGCUGGCAAGCCCUGGACUGAGGACCCAAACCAUCCGCAUUAUGAGGCUGCGAAGCGGGCUAUUAAGCAUGUUUUCAAUGUAGAACCGGACAUGACUCGUGAGGGGGGCUCCAUACCAGUAACAUUGACAUUGCAGGAAGCAACUGGGAAAAACGUGAUCCUCGUACCAGUGGGAGCAUGUGACGACGGAGCUCACUCUCAAAAUGAAAAAAUCGAUAUUUACAACUACAUUGAAGGCACUAAACUUCUUGGCGCCUAUCUGCACGAAGUGGGAAAAUUAUAAAUACAUACUGCUAUUUUCAUAAAACACAUUAACCCGAUGAAACAUCACAAUGGUGCCCUUAUUGAAACAAAUUUAAUGUGAAUAAUAAGACUUUAACUGCAAAAUAAAUAUGGUAUUUUAUUUUGUUUCAGUACGGAAA